CCCUUACUGACUGGAUCCCAGGGUCUUGAACGUCUCCCAUACUCUCAGGCGGUUGGAAAGGGCGGUCCAUUCCUCUGUGUUGAUCCACCCGGCAACUCCUUGGAAAAGGAAAGAGCGGUUGUGCGAUCAGAUCGAUCUAAGAUGGCGACUGUGGAACCGGAAACCACCCCUACUCCUAAUCCCCCACCUACAGAAGAAGAGAAAACAGAAUCUAAUCAGGAGGUUGCUAACCCAGAGCACUAUAUUAAACAUCCUUUACAGAACAGAUGGGCACUCUGGUUUUUUAAAAAUGAUAAAAGCAAAACUUGGCAAGCAAACCUUCGGCUGAUCUCUAAGUUUGAUACUGUUGAAGACUUUUGGGCUCUGUACAACCAUAUCCAGUUGUCUAGUAAUUUAAUGCCUGGCUGUGACUACUCACUUUUUAAGGAUGGUAUUGAGCCUAUGUGGGAAGAUGAGAAAAACAAACGAGGAGGACGAUGGCUCAUUACAUUGAACAAACAGCAGAGACGAAGUGACCUCGAUCGCUUUUGGCUAGAGACACUGCUGUGCCUUAUUGGAGAGUCUUUUGAUGACUACAGUGAUGAUGUAUGUGGAGCUGUGGUUAAUGUUAGAGCUAAAGGUGAUAAAAUAGCAAUAUGGACUACUGAAUGUGAAAACAGAGAAGCAGUUACACAUAUAGGGAGGGUAUACAAGGAAAGGUUAGGACUUCCUCCAAAGAUAGUGAUUGGUUAUCAGUCCCAUGCAGACACAGCUACUAAGAGCGGCUCCACCACUAAAAAUAGGUUUGUUGUUUAAGAAGACACCUUCUGAGUAUUCUCAUAGGAGACUGCGUCAAGCAAUCGAGAUUUGGGAGCUGAACCAAAGCCUCUUCAAAAGCAGAGUGGACUGCAUUUAAAUUUGAUUUCCAUCUAAAUGUUGCUAAGAUAUAAGAGAAGUCUCAUUCGCCUUUGUCUUGUACUUCUGUGUUCAUAUAUUUUUUUUUUUUAAUUUUGGCUAGAGUGUCCACUAUCCCAAUCAAAGAAUUACAGUACACAUCGUCCCCAGAAUCCAUAAAUGUGUUCCUGGCCCACUCUGUAAUAGCUUAAAAGAAUUAACGAUUACAAACACAUUUGACCCAUCUACAAUAUUAAAGAAAAGAAUUUGCAUUUCUAUACCUUACAAGAGAACGAUUCUGUUUAUGUUCCAUUGUAUGCAGGAGCAUAUUUUGCUGGUUUGAAAGAGUAUGAUGCAUACAGUUUUCUAACAAUUUUCUUUGUUUCUUUUUUACAGCAUUGUCUGUGCUGUACUCUUGCUGAUGGCUGCUAGAUUUUAAUUUAUUUGUUUCCCUACUUGAUAACAUUAGUGAUUCUGAUUUCAGUUUUUCAUUUGUUUUGCUUUUGUUUUUUUCCUCAUGUAACAUUGGUGAAGGAUCCAGGAAUAUGACACAAAGGUGGAAUAAACAUUAAUUUUGUGCAUUCUUUGGUAAUUUUUUUGUUUUUUUGUAACUACAAAGCUUUGCUACAAAUUUAUGCAUUUCAUUCAAAUCAGUGAUCUAUGUUUGUGUGAUUUCCUAAACAUAAUUGUGGAUUAUAAAAAAUGUAACAUCAUAAUUACAUUCCUAAUUAGAAUUAGUAUGUCUGUUUUUGUAUCUUUAUGCUGUAUUUUAACACUUUGUUAUACUUAGGUUAUUUUGCUUUGGUUAAAAAAUGGCUCAAGUAGAAAAGCGGUCCCAUUCAUAUUAAGACAGUGUACAAAACUGUAAAUAAAAUGUGUACAGUGAAUUGUCUUUUAGACAACUAGAUUUGUCCUUCCUUUUAUUUCUCCAUCUCUGUAGAAGGAAUUUGUACUUCUUAUUGCAAGGCAGUCUCUAUGGUGUCUUCUCUUGUAGUGUCUUCCAUGUGAAUAGCGUAAGUUUGGAGCAUUAGUUUGAUUAUUACGUUUAUUUUAAUUUAUAAUAAAUUGAAUAGGUAGCAUCAUAUAUGGAAUUAAAUUGAUGUGGCUAUCUUUUUUUUUUUUUAAUAAAGUAAGAGGCACAGUCCUUCAGUCUUAGGUAAAUAAUGUGCUCUUAAUAUGUUAAAACUCAUGAGAAUUGCGACCUUGGUGCAUCACCAUUUGAUUGGUAGGAAUAACAGUUGUAAAACUUGGUUGCUGAAUUGAGACGUUAUUUUUCAAGUGUCCAAAUGACACCACAGGGAAAGAGUUACAGGUGGUGGGGGGCGUAUGCAUUAAGAAUUUUGUUAGUGUUGCUGUCUAAAUAGAAUUAGAAUAAACAGGUUAUGAAUGCUUGUAUUUAUAAUGAUGAAUUGGUGUAGUAUAGAUUUAUGUAAACUUGAAAACUUGAUCUACUCUUUAUAGGCAUCAUUUGAAAGCAAAUUUGAAAACAGUUUGUUUAUAAUUAUUGUAUAUUUCAGAUCCCGUAAAAUGAAAUAAGGCUAUAAUUAUAGACAAAAGGGUAAGUUGAACUGUAGGUAGAAUGAGAACCAUUAAUUGAGAGGAAAUUUCAUCUUUAGAUGGUGAUUAUGAAUUAAUCAUUUUAAAGCUGCUAAGUUUGACAAAAAUCCUAUAUAAAAUAAACAUGAAAUUAAUAGUAUUGAUUUUAUUGAGGAAUUUAAAACAGCUUAAAGUGUACCACAAGCUACCAUCUGAGUACUCGCAAUACCACAAACACCCUUUGUUCAGUAUUCUAGAAAUAACUGAGUCUUUUGUGUUUAUAAUCUGAAUAUACUGUACCUAGUAAUAUCUGUUGUUUAAGGUUGGGUGAUUGUUUAAGGUGAUUUAUUGUCUUUGUUGAUAUACGUAGUUGUGAGCACUUCAAGAGUUUGCUUAAAAGUGACCGUGGAGGUGGUAGUGUGUGGGCAAUGGGUGGCAUUGGAGGAAUAUAUCUAUUAGAAAUUAAUGCUUAAUUUCCUUAAUUCUAGGAUGCAGUCCAUUUUAAGAAGUACCAGCUUUGGCGGGUAGAGGAGGAAUAGUGCAUUAAAUGUACACAGUUCUAAAUUUUUAAAAAUCCUAAUUUAUAGCAUUUGAUUGUUCUCAUUAUUACCAUCUGAGAGUCACAUUCGGUUUUAAGUCUUUUUCCCAGUAUGGGUGGGGAGGAAUGAUUCUGAGUCACUUUUGGCAAAUGCCACUUAAGUACCACAAUGACUUGCAAAUUUCCUAACUUUAUUAGUGUCUUUUCUAAAUAUAAGAUUAGAUUGUACAUGAUUUUCUAAGUUACUUUUCCCUCUCUAACAGGAUAUUAUAAAUAAAUAUAUUUUCAUAGUAGAUUAUUAAAAUCAUCUUUAAUGGGUAAAUAGUAGUUCAUUGUAGGGAUGUGCCAUAUUUCAUUUAACCAAUUUUGUUAAUAAUUCCAGUUCUACAGAAGGAUUUGAGGCAUACUAUGUAAGAAUCAAAAAGUUAAAAUCCUUACUUAGUACUUACGUGCCAGGCAGUGUUCUAAGCACUUCACACGCACUUUAACCUGCACAAUAAUCCUUUGAUGUAGGUGCUGUUAUCCCCCUUUUACAGAUGAUGAAACAAGCAGUGAGGAUUUAAGUCGCUCAGUAUGGAUUUUGAAUCCUGGAAAUUUGGUUUUGGAGAUCCUGUAAAGCACAUUAUACAGUCUCAGUGAUAUAGAGCCUCUACCUGAUGGGCUAUAGUAAAUUGCAGCGGAUUGUAGUAAGUUUAUAGGUCAGGACAUUUUAAAUUUUACUUCCUUUGGUAAUGAAAUGUAUAAUAGAUGGAGUGUCCCCCGAGGCCACUCUGUUCGCAGUCAGCUAAACUAAUCAUUUGGGGUUUUUUGAGAACAUGGAGACAAAGGUACAGGAGUUUAGAGGUGCAUAGAUUAAGUGAAUAUUUUCGUAUACAGUUUUAAGUGUCUAUAUCCUGUAUCUUCUAAGCUAAAUGGCAAAAUAAAGCAAAGUUUUCAAGUUGAGCUGAGAUUCUUAAAUGCUGAAGUUUGCAUUCAAAAGUACAAUUUUAAUUUACUAAGGCAGUGUGAUAAUGUGAUGUUUUACAUUUUAAAAUUAAAACAAGUUAAUGACAA